UAAUAAUAACAUACAUACUAUGCAAGACAUCAAAUGUGUUGUAGUCGGUGACGGAGCCGUGGGUAAAACAUGUCUAUUGAUGGCCUAUACUUCAAAUGCAUUUCCCGGUGAAUAUCUGCCAACAGUUUUCGACAACUACUCGGCCAAUGUUAUGGUCGACGGAAAGCCUAUUAGUCUGGGCUUAUGGGAUACGGCCGGUCAAGAGGACUACGACCGACUGAGACCGCUAUCCUAUCCGUAUACAGAUGUAUUUCUCAUAUGCUUUUCAAUCGUCAAUCCGACUUCAUUUGAAAACGUCUUGUCUAAGUGGUAUCCGGAGUUAAACCACUACUGUCCUGGCCGACCGAUUAUACUGGUCGGUACCAAACAGGAUCUACGGGACGAUCAGAAAACAGUCGAUAAACUCCUGGAUCGACGCCAGACACCUAUUAGCUACGCUCAGGGACUAUCGAUGGCCAGACAGAUCGGWUCGACUAAAUAUCAGGAAUGUUCGGCACUGUCCCAAAAGGGACUGAAAAAUGUCUUCGACGAAGCCAUCCGAGCGGUUCUCUGUCCGAAAACAACUAAACAUACAAAAACUGGAUGUGAUGUGUUUCUCAUAUGCUUCUCACUCGUCAAUCCGGCCUCAUUUGAAAACGUCAGAUCCAAGUGGUAUCCCGAAGUUAGCCAUCACUGUCCGCAUACACCGAUCAUACUGGUCGGUACCAAACAGGACCUCAGGGACGAUCAGAAAACAGUAGACAAACUCAAAGAUCGUCGUCUAUUACCGAUUAGCUACGCUCAGGGACUAUCGAUGGCCAAAGAUAUCGGUUCAACCAAAUAUCAGGAAUGUUCGGCACUGUCACAGAAAGGACUGAAGAAUGUCUUCGACGAAGCCAUCCGAGCGGUUCUCUGUCCGAAACCCAAACACAAGAAACAACAUCGAUGUUCACUACUUUGA